AAUGUUUGUACAUCUUGUCUUAAUUAGAUCAUAUUCUGUGAUCUGUGCCAAACUGUGUAUUGGGAUGAUCAUUCUGCACAACUAAUGCACAUGGAUGCUAAUGAUGACCUUGAAAUAACAUUUUAAAAUCAUGUAACUGUUACUUGGGAAACUUAAUUAAGUGGGCUGAUGUUUUGAAGGUGAUAUUAAAAGUGCUAACAUUUGUUUAUUCACACAUUUGGAUAUAUAUAAGUGUCAUUGGAAAAUUUCAAAAUGACUAUGGGAUCUAAAAUAAAAGCCUCUGAGAGUUUUCGUGAAGCUUGUUCGCCCUAUCUGUCAUCAUUAAAGAUACAUCAACUUCCAGAGAAACUGUUAAUGAAAGUAUUCUCUUACAUAAAACAUCAAGAUUACGGAAAACUAGCAAGAGUCUGCAAAAAAUGGCGAAUGAUUGUUUACAGCACACAGUUAUGGAAAAAUGUAUCCCUUCGGCCAGAGUACGGUGGCCUUCAUGUGAACAGCAUCGAAAUUUUGAUGCAAUUGAUUGGCAUUAGAUUUGGAAACACCAUGCAGACAAUUGAACUCCCGAGUGAACUUAUUACUGCUCCAGUACUACAUGAGCUUUCAAACAAGUGUCCGAUUUUAAAAAACAUGACACUUGAUUUUUCAAAUGCUAUGCAACUACAUGAUUUUAAUGAUUUGAAUGCGUUUCCUUGCAAUCUGAGAACCAUGUGUAUUUGUCUAUCUGAAGUGAUUUUCUUAGAAGGUUUUAUGAGAAGAAUAUACAGCUGUCUAUCUUCUCUAGAGGUGUUGCAUCUUAUAGGCACUUUCGAAAUGUCAACUGAGGCUGAAGAAGACAUCUAUGAAGUUGUUAAUAUUGGGAAGAUCAAAUCACACACACCAAAUUUAAAAGUUGUGAAUUUAUAUGGUAUUUCAUUUAUUGAUGACUCGCACAUUGAAUUACUGACUUCCAACUGUAUCCAUCUAGAAACAUUGGCCUUGAACUUCUGUCUGAGGGUCAAAGGUGCUUCAUUCAAAACACUUCUCCAAAGAUGUAAAAAGCUGAAAUCACUACUGCUGCAACAUACAGGGGUUGAAGACGAGCACAUGAAGAAUGCACCCUGGGAAUCAUCUGUUGUGACAGAACUUGACUUGACAUCAACAGAACUUUCAAAGGAAUGCUUAGAGAAUAUUCUGCUUCGUAUUCCAAGCUUUACCUAUCUAGGACUGGGAUACUGUGAAUUCUUUACAGAUAGGAUCUUAGAGGCACUGGUACAAAGAGGAAAAUUAAAUCAGCUGAAGGCUAUUGAUAUAAGCCAUACAAAUGCCUUGUCUGAAAACACCAUUUACAAACUGAUCCAGAAACAUGGGGGACAACUUACUGGACUGAUGCUGAGUGGAAAACCAAAACUAACAGAAAACUUUUGGUUGAAUGUCAUACCAUUGCUGAAAAAUAUACAAAUUUGUGUCCUUGGAACAGCUAAUGGAUGGUUUCUGAAGAUCCAAAGUCGUGUUCAUAUUGAUCAGAUCAUUGAAGCAUUUGCACAAAACUGUCCAAAAAUGUUGAGAUGUGAAAUUCAGUGGGAUCCUGAUACAAUCAGAUUCAGCGAUAAGAGCAGUAAAUUUAUAGAUCAUAUACGAUUGAGAUGUCCAUACAUGAAAUCGUUUACCCUGAGUGACGGAGAGUAUUACGAGAUGGUUAAAUCAAACUUUGAAAGAGCAGAUAGGAAGAAGGUUGUACGAACCACUACGAACUAUUGUACCAGUAUUGUUAGUCUGCUGAAUCACUAUAGUGACCUUUUGUUUAACUAAUGAACCUUAUCAUAUAGUCUGCUGAAUCUUACAAUCAUCCAAUGAGUGCUCCUUUUUUUAAUUCAUCUGCUGAAUUCCUUCAUUUUAUGGAUCUUUUAGAAGAGUAAAUCUUAAUAGUAAUUAAAUGGUAUUUAACAGGCAUUCUGUUUACUGUGACCUAAAUAUCACUUGUCUGUGACCUAAAUAUCACUUGUCUGUGACCUAAAUAUCACUUGUCUGUGACCUAAAUAUCAAUUUACUGUCUAGGUCAUUGUGACCUAGAUAUCAGAAUGAUUUUAACAUACUGUAAACCAACUUAUUUUCGCUAAUAAUUAAUUUCGCGUUUUACCCUUUUUAGAACACAUCGCGGCUAUUUAAUUAGCAGCAGUUAAUAAUCGCAUUAUUUUUCUAUAAUCGCAAAAUAGUCGUGAAAAUAAGUUGGUUUACAGUAUAGCAAAGUGAUAUUGUUUCAAAAAGAUGGAGUGUUCACAGGAUACAACUAAACUUUUAAAAAAAUUACUCAUUUAGUUAUUGGUAAAAUGUAUCACAUCUAGCCACAUAAAUAAUGGCAUGCACAUCCAAAAACAGGACAUCUUUAAACACACUUGAAACAUCACAGAUUUCAGCUUGUCUAGAAGUAAUGGCACUGAAAGAUCACUAGCUAUGCUAAAUUUCACAUGAAAUGUAUCUUUAUACCAAAAUACAAAUAUGUUAAUAUUUCAUUUCAACGAAACAUCUUUGAAUUAUUUAUAAAUCAAAACAAUGUAUAUUGAUAUAGUUGAGAAUUUUAGCUAUGAGCUACCAGUAUAUUCUCUUUGUAAAAAAAAAUACAAGUUGUUAUAAUGUUAAGAUACUUUGUACAAAACUGAAUGACAUAUUUAGCAGUUUGUGAUGGUUCAGAAUAGAAUCCUCAGAAAAAUACAGCUGAGCAGGGGAACUAACCCUGUAUUUCUAAUGAAAAAUAAAUGGUCUUUUUUCGGGACAAAGCUGAGUCAAAUGAAGAACUAAUAAAAAUAAAAUAUUUGUUUAAAUCAAACAUCUUGAAUUUAAACAACAGUAUGUAACUUUUACAAAGUUCAAAAAUUAUCAUUUUAAUUCAUGGCCACAAAAAUGAAAAUGUUAGUAUUAAAAUGGAGACUUACUUAAAUUGAUUAUUUUAUUGAAAAAAUAUUUUCCAUUAAAACUUAUUGAUAUAUGUAUUAUAGUUCUGUAGAAAUUUUGAUAGUUGUAUUUAUUUACUAUGUUAUUUAUUAUAUGAGCAUUUUAUGUUGUUUCUUAGACAUUUCAUUAUUUAUUUACAAAUAUCAAUUAUGACAAUCCAAUGAAAGGAAUGUUCUAAAUAAAAUUUACAAAAUGU